AUGCUUAUAAGCUCCAAUGGCUUCACACUAGCCUCCGUCCUCCGCAAUCCGAAUGCGUCGCGCCUCACUAAUUUAGCCGUCGAUUUUAAUCGCGUCCCAAGGACCGUGAGCCCUGAUUCGAGCCGCGUGCUGUUAAUCAUCGUAUCAUCUGCUGCAAUGUCGUCGUCGUCGUCGUCACCGCCGGCGUCCGUGAAAAUCGUGGCUGAGUACGCGAAGUCGGGGCGCUCUUCGUGCAAUAAGUGUUCGAAAGCGAUUGAUUCGAAGUCUCUGAGGUUGGGUAUGGUGAGUAAAGACCCCCGAGGGUUUGACAUGACCAAAUGGCAUCUGCAGUGCUUCCCAUUUAGCAGUUCUGGUUCGGUUUCAUCGGCGGAGGCCAUCACUGGAUUCUCAUCUCUCAAUAGCAACGAUCAGAAGUCUGUACAGGAAUUGUUAAAUGAGUUGGGGCAAACUUCAGACAAGGUAACCAUGGGCUAUCACGGAGAAAUAAGGAUGCUUUAUACUUAUUGUGAACUUAGUUGA